GACGCGCUCGGAGCGCGCCGAUGCCGGGCUAACGCGAACGGCGCCUGAGUGUUUACGGUCGCGUUGCGCCCUUUUUGAGAACAUGAUCCUAAAUGUACGUUAGCUGUGGAAACAGAAGCAAGGAGACCGUGUUGUGCGAGCGCUUUUCGGGGCGGUAACCAUGGCGACGGCCACCAAAACCCCCCCAGGCGCAGACCCCAAGCAGCUGGAGCGCACCGGGACCGUCCGGGAGAUCGGCUCGCAGGCCGUGUGGUCGCUGUCUUCCUGCAAGCCGGGCUUUGGGGUCGAUCAGCUGAGGGAUGAUAAUCUGGAGACGUACUGGCAGUCCGAUGGCUCUCAGCCUCAUCUAGUGAACAUUCAGUUCAGGAGGAAAACAACAGUGAAAAUGCUGUGUAUUUAUGCCGAUUAUAAAUCUGAUGAGAGCUACACGCCCAGCAAGAUCUCAGUCAGAGUGGGAAACAACUUCCACAACCUGCAGGAGAUCCAGCAGCUGGAGAUGGUGGAGCCGAGCGGCUGGAUUCACAUCCCUCUUCUGGAUCUGGUGAACAACCCCAUCCGGACCUUCAUGAUCCAGAUCGCCGUCUUGGCCAACCACCAGAACGGACGAGACACACACAUGCGUCAGAUCAAAGUCUACACGCCCGUGGAGGAGAGCUCCAUCGGCAAAUUCCCACGAUGCACCACGGUAGACUUCAUGAUGUACCGCACCAUCAGAUGACGCCGAGAAGAGAGCGCUUCAGAGUCCAGUUUUUGUAAAUGCGAACCUUCAGGAAAUAAAUGUGUGUUUUUUUGCUUCA